CUCACAUGCUCCCCAAAUACAAACAAGCAGGUCAACAACCCGAGUGUUGUAACAUUUCAGCCCAAAAUCUGCUUAGAUACCCCAGCAGGGCCAUUUGUCCUUUUGGAAUUGGGCAAAUAGUUCAAGGCAGCAGCAAUCAAAACGAGGGCUUCACAGAGCUGUGGCAGAGAGAGGAGAGCCAGGAGAAGGCAGAGGCUGAAGACAGUUAAAAUCAGCAUCUAAAUUGGCUCCCAAUUCUUGGUGAAACUCCCAGAGGGAGACUGUUAAAUCAUGAAAUUAAUCGCCAUCCUUUUCCUUUGCUCCAGGCUGCUACCAAGUUUGACCCAGGAGCCCUUCUCAGAAGAAAUUGACUGCAACGACCAGGAUGUAUUUAAGGCUGUGGACAGUGCUCUCAGGAAAUACAACAGUGAAAACAAAAGUGGCAACCAGUUUGUAUUGUAUCGUGUAACUGAGGUCAGGAAGACGGAUAAUCCUGACACAUUUUAUUCCUUCAAGUACCAAAUCAAGGAGGGCGACUGUCCUGUUCAAAGUGACAAAACGUGGCAGGAAUGUGACUACAAAGACUCUGCACAAGCUGCCACAGGAGAAUGCACAGUGACAGUGGCAAAGAGAAAGAAUAUGAAGUUCUCCGUGGCUACCCAGACCUGCCAGAUUACUCCAGCCGAGGGCCCUGUGGUGACCACCCAAUAUGACUGUCUUGGCUGCGAACACCCCAUAUCAACCACGAACCCUGAGUUGGAACCCAUUCUGAAACACGCCAUUCAACAUUUUAACAACAAUACUGAUCAUUCGUACCUCUUUGAUCUUGGAGAAGUAAAAAGCGCCUUGAGACAGGUGGUGGCUGGAUGGAACUAUGAAAUUACUUACUCAGUUGUGCAAACUAAUUGUUCCAAGGAGAAUUUUCUAUUCUUAACUCCAGACUGCAAGUCCCUUUCCAAUGCUGAUAUUGGUGAAUGUACAGAUAAAGCACAUGUGGAUCCUCAGCUAAGAAUUGCUUCCUUGUCACAGAAAUGUAACCUUUAUCCAGGGGAGGAUUUUGUACAACCACCUGGCAAGAUUUGCCCUGGCUGCCCCACAGUUAUACCUGUCGACAGCCCAGAGCUGGAGGAGGCUCUGAAUCAUUCUAUUGCAAAGCUUAAUGCAGAGAAUAAUGGAAAUUUCUAUUUCAAGAUUGACUUCGUGGAAAAAGCAACAGCACAGGUGGUGGCUGGAAUGAAAUAUUCUAUUGUGUUCAGAGCCAAAGAAACCACAUGUUCCAAGGAAAGUAAUGAAGAGUUGAUCGAAAGUUGUGAGAUCAAUAAACAUGGCCAAACUCUAAACUGUAAAUCUGACGUUCUUGUGGUACCUUGGGAGAAAAAAAUUUACCCUACUGUCAACUGUGAAUCACUUGCAAAGACCUCAAUGAUGAAAAGGCCUCCAGGCUUUUCGCCUUUUCGAUCAGUAGGAGUGAAUAAAACCGAAGAAGGAAAAACUAGGCACCUCAGGUCCUGCGAGUACAAGGGCCAACCAUGGGAGGCAGGGGCAGAGCCAGCACCUGAGAGUGAGGUCAAUUGACCAGGGGCAGAAUCUCCACGCCUGGCACAAUAGCCCCAGGAAGCUCUGUCAGCAGCCCCGCGUGGAAGGACAAGAAGAUGGGAGAGAGGUUAAAUAGAGAAGAACGCCAUUUCAUCACUCUGUUGCUGGGUGAAAUAAAGUUCCGUCUUGAUGUUCUCCCUCCUGGUUUA